AUGGCAUUGUUGGGUCCUAGCAGACUGGCAGGGCAGUUUUUUCCAUGGUUUUUCCAGCAUUUUCCAGCCACAGCUGAGGUUUGUCUGGCUCAUCACGUUUUACGAGGUCCUCCUCAAGUUGGUCUCUCGCGGCAGAACCGGCUCCUCAACGAGAAGGAGCUCCUCGAGGAGUUGAUGAGUUUGCGCUUUUGGGUCGGGCGGCUGGGAUCGGGCCACGUUUGGAUCUAG